AUGUUGGAAGUUCUCAACACUCCUGUAGACGCACAUCUCGUGGUGCAUUAUGACAAUCAGGAUCCCAGCCGCGGGCGGUGCGUGACUGGGACGUCGAUCUGCGUCGGCGACGAGUUUGGUGGGCGCCAGGACAGCGCAACUCCGUUCCAGCGGCGGCUCUCUGCGUCGCUGCGUGUGUGCGACCUGUACCAGUGUGUUCACUCGAGCAGCGGCCAUCACGCUCUUGCACGGCGCUUCAGUGAAAACAUCUCGGCGCCCCGUCCCCGGCAAAGUAUCACGCGAACCGCGUCGUACGCCGCCGACAACGACCAGCGCGUGCGAUACCUGCCCGAGAUGCCUGCCUUGCCUACGUGGCGGCCGCUCUGUGAAGCCUCGAGACGGUCUUCCGUGGACAGCGCCAACGAGGACGCCGUCAGCGCUACCAGCACAGGUAGCUCUGGAGGCAGCGCGUGCGGGUCCGAUGCCCCAGCUACUCAUAUAUGCAACGUUUGCGCCCCGCAGCAGGACUGCUGGGUGGAUCUCAGCACGCCCUGCGGGCGCCACCAUCAUCGCCGCAACUCCACGGCCAUUAAAUUCCGCAAGGCCCUUUAUAAAGAAUCCUAG